AGAGGUCGAUCGACCAUGGCAAUCGCAUUGCCAGCCUUCCUGCUGCUGCUACCGCUCUUCUCCAUCGCCGCUGUCUUCCUCCUCCAUGCCCAUGCGCGGAGAACCCACAAGCCGGCGGCGCCCUACCCGCUGCUCGGCCACCUGCCGCAGUUCCUGGCGAACCGGCACCGCAUCCUGGACUGGAUCACCGAGGUGCUCGCGCGCCAGCCCACCAGCACGCUCGUCUUCCACCGGCCCGGCGGCGAACGGGGCGUCAUCACCGCCAACCCCGCCAACCUGGAGCACGUUAUGCGCGCCGGCUUCCACAACUACCCCAAGGGCCCGCGCUUCGCGUCGGCGCUCCACGACUUCCUGGGCCAUGGCAUCCUCAACGUCGACGGCCAUGCGUGGCGCGCCCAGCGCAAGGCCGCCAGCUACGAGUUCAACACACGCUCGCUGCGCCUCUUCGUGGCCCGCACCGUGCACGGCGAGCUGCACGGCAGGCUCCUCCCGCUCCUGCGCCGCGCCGCCGGCUCCGGACGUAAGAUCGAUCUACAGGACACGCUCGAACGCUACGCCUUCGAUAACAUCUGCCGCGUCGCCUUCGACCACGAUCCCCGGCAGCUCCCGGACGGGGACGCAGACGAGAGCGCCGCGACGGUGACCGAGAGCAGCAGGUUCGCUGACGCGUUCCGCGACGCCGCCAAUCUCAGCGCGGGCAGGUUCCGUUACGCCGUCCCGGGGCUGUGGAAGGUAAAGAAGGCGCUCAACCUGGGCUCCGAGCGCCGGCUCCGCGAGUCCAUCGCCGUGGUGCACGGCUUCGCCGACCGCAUCAUCCGAUCGCGGAGAGAGGAGAUGAGCAUGGGAUGCGAGAAGCACGACCUCCUGUCACGGUUCAUGGCGAGCCAGGGCGAGAGCUACACCGAGACGGCCCUCCGCGACGUGGUGAUCAGCUUCCUGCUGGCCGGCCGGGAGACCACGUCCUCCGCGCUCACCUGGUUCUUCUGGCUGCUGUCCUCGCGCCCGGACGUGGAGCGCCGCAUCCGCGACGAGGUCGCCGCCGUGCGCGCCCGCCGUGCAAUCUCCGAUCUCAACCGAGCCGGGUUCGAUCUCGAGGAGCUGAGGGAGAUGCACUACGUGCACGCGGCCAUCACGGAGUCGAUGCGGCUGUACCCGCCGGUGCCGGUGAACUCGGUGCAGGCGCGGGCGGCGGACGUUCUGCCCGACGGCACGGCGGUGGGGGCGGGGUGGUUCGUGUCGUACAACUCGUACGCCAUGGGCCGGAUGGAGUCGGUGUGGGGCGAGGACGCGCGGGCGUACCGGCCGGAGCGGUGGCUGGACCCGGACCCGGCGGAGGCGACGUUCCGGCCGGAGAGCCCGUUCCGGUACAUCGUGUUCCACGCGGGGCCGAGGAUCUGCCUCGGGAAGGAGAUGGCGUACAUCCAGAUGAAGUCCAUCGUGGCGUCCGUGGUGGAGGAGUUUGAGGUGGCGGUGGACGGCGGCUACACGCCGCGGCAGGUGGCCUCGCUGACGCUGCGGAUGGCCGACGGGCUGCCGGUCAGGGUCAAGGAUUUUCGUGGAGGGAAUUGAGUACGACGGUCGACGGGAUGGAGGGAAAAAUCUUCUUUGAACGGGAUUUUUCACCGUGCAGUACACAAGAACGUGAGUGAGUCAAAGAUAGAUUCCGUGUUGUGUCCAAUAAUCAAAGUGGUCUACUCCCUCCGUAAAGAAAUAUAAAAGCGUUUGGUGCGAAGAGAGUAUUUCUUAGCUA